UCUUUCUCUUCCCCCUCCCCUCCCCUCUCUCUCUUCUCUCUCUCAGCUCCUUAACAUUAAAGAGAAAAUGCUGCUAUCAAUGACUUCCAGGCCUGGGAUUCCGACUUUUGGCUAUAACAAGAACAAGAAGCCGUAUGUGUCACUGACUCAGCAGAUGGCACCACCUAGUCCAAGCAACAGUAACCCUAGCAGCAGCAGUGGGAGUAAUGGAAAUGAACAGCUAAGCAAAACCAACCUGUACAUCCGGGGAUUGCAACCAGGCACUACUGAUCAAGACCUCGUUAAACUGUGUCAGCCAUAUGGAAAGAUUGUCUCUACGAAGGCCAUCCUAGACAAGACCACAAACAAAUGCAAAGGCUAUGGUUUUGUGGACUUUGACAGUCCUUCUGCAGCACAGAAAGCUGUAACAGCACUGAAAGCCAGUGGUGUGCAGGCGCAGAUGGCGAAGCAACAGGAGCAGGACCCCACAAAUUUAUACAUCUCAAACCUCCCACUGUCAAUGGAUGAGCAAGAAUUGGAGGGGAUGCUGAAGCCCUUUGGCCAGGUUAUCUCCACCCGAAUCCUUCGAGACACCAGUGGGACCAGCAGAGGGGUUGGCUUCGCAAGGAUGGAGUCCACAGAGAAGUGUGAAGCCAUCAUCACCCACUUUAAUGGAAAAUAUAUUAAGACACCCCCUGGAGUACCAGCCCCAUCUGAUCCCUUGCUUUGUAAAUUUGCUGAUGGUGGGCCAAAGAAACGACAGAACCAAGGAAAAUUUGUGCAAAAUGGACGGGCCUGGCCAAGGAAUGGAGAUAUGGGUGGCAUGGCCUUGACCUAUGACCCUACCACAGCUCUUCAGAAUGGAUUUUACCCAACACCUUAUAACAUCACUCCCAACAGGAUGCUUGCUCAGUCAGCACUGUCCCCAUAUCUUCCAUCUCCUGUGUCAUCAUAUCAGAGAGUGACUCAGACAUCUCCUCUGCAAGUACCUAACACAUCUUGGAUGCACCACCAGUCAUACCUCAUGCAGCCUUCAGGUUCCGUUCUGACUCCAGGGAUGGAUCACCCCCUUUCUCUCCAGCCUGCCUCCAUGAUGGGACCUCUUACCCAGCAACUGGGCCAUCUUUCUCUCAGCAGCCCGGGCACGUAUAUGCCAACAGCCACAGCUAUGCAAGGAGCUUACAUCUCCCAGUACCCCCCUGUGCCUUCUUCUAGUGUUUCCGUUGAGGAGAGCAGCGGUCAGCAGACACAAGUGACAGUGGAUACUCCCUCAGACCAUGGGAUCUAUUCUUUCCAGUACAACAAGUAACAGUGGG